AUGAGUUCCUUUACCGCACUUCGAGCUCAUCGCUCAGCUUAUUCUCGACCACUUUUGCUAGAUUUUCUCGCCCCGUCCACUCUACACCACCGCCAGUACCACGCCACCCCGUCCAGCUCGAAACCCAAAUACAUUCUGAACCAGAAACAACGCGAAUUCCUGGAUAGCGCUCUUCGCGUCAAUCAGGCCGGGGAACUGGCAGCAACGCUGAUCUACACGGCGCAAACCCCCCAGGUGGUGCGCUCCCACCCUCACCUACGACCGUUGAUGAAGCACAUGUACGACCAGGAAGCGGGUCACCUGUCGACCUUCAACCAGAUGAUUGCCAAACACCGCGUACGGCCCACGGCGAUGUAUCCAGUCUGGGAGGUGGCCGCAACGUUUCUGGGCUGGUCGACCGGAGUCAUGGGACGGGAGGCGGCGAUGGCCUGCACGGAAGCUGUAGAAACGGAGAUUGGGACCCAUUACAACGAUCAGGUUCGGGAGAUUCUGUCCUGGGAAGCCGAUGCGGAGAGCCGAGGAGAGGAGCUAGAUGAGGAGCUCCAGGAUAUGUUGGCGACAUUUCGAAGGAUUCGAGACGAAGAACUGGAACAUUUGGACCAUGCGGUAGAGAACGACGCCAAAGAGGCCCGGCCUUAUGACCCGUUGGUCAAUGUCAUCCGUCUGGGAUGUCGAACGGCCAUCAAAAUCAGCGAAAGAGUAUGA